AUGCCUUUUCGCCUCUCGCGCUCCACGCGUCUGUCAGUGGUUAUUGGCAUUUCGACAUGCUUCUUCCUCGGCGAGAUCUCAGUGGGUUUCUAUACCCAUUCCCUCGCCUUGAUAGCUGAUGCUUUUCACUAUUUGAACGAUCUAGUGGGAUUUGUGAUCGCCCUGGUGGCUUUGAAGGUUUCAGAGAAGGGCCACUCUCCCCGAGAUCUAUCAUUUGGCUGGCAGCGUGCGCAGUUGCUUGGUGCUUUCUUCAACGGAGUCCUUCUAUUCGCACUGGGUCUCAGUAUCCUUCUGCAGUCCGUCGAGCGCUUUAUCUCCUUGCAGCGUAUCGAGAACCCGAAGAUGGUCUUCAUUGUGGGGUGCAUCGGUUUGUGUCUGAAUAUCAUCAGCGCGCUAUUUCUCCAUGAGCAUGGACAUGGACACGUCCACGUCUCCCCGCCAGUACUUGAAGAUAGACUGGCGCCCAUUAGUGAUUGUGAGGAGGACUCUAUAUCCAAGCAUCUUGACCAUAAACAUCCACGAUUCGAGACUGGAGUAUCCGUACACUGUCAUGAUCAUGGAGAUGGCCAAGGCCAUAGCCAUAGCCAUGGACACAACCAUGGUGACCUGGGAAUGAUGGGUGUCCUUUUGCAUGUCUUGUGCGACGCUGCCAACAACCUUGGGGUCAUUGCCGCUGCAUUGGUCAUCUGGUUGGCAAAAUAUGACGGUCGCUACUACGCAGAUCCUGGCGUGAGUAUGGGGAUUGCGAUCAUGAUCAUAAUCUCGUCUUUUCCAUUAGUCCGGACUACAGGCCUGAUCUUACUGGAAAGUGCUCCAAAUGGUGUAAACCUGGACGAUGUGCAACACGAUCUCGAGAAGGUCCCUGGCGUGCACUCGAUUCAUGAACUACACAUUUGGCGACUCAACCAGCGCAAAACCAUCGCAUCCGUCCACAUUGUGGUAUCUGACCCCUCGGUAUCUAGUUUCUUGAAGACAGCCAAGACAAUCAACGAAUGUUUCCAUGCAUAUGGUAUUCAUUCUGCAACCCUGCAACCCGAAAUUCUAUCCGAGGAUGACGCAACCUUCCUAGCCUCCGGCGAGAAAGGCCCGCGGUGCCAGGUCGUGUGUGGAACCCUCUGCGAAGCACUGACCUGUUGUGGAUGA